AACUGUGCCAAUAUGGCUACGAUUGAUUCGGAGCGUUGCAACGAAAACAACGCGAUCACUUUGAUUUCGCGCGCGUAACACACGUGGUAAUAACUCUGUUGAUUAUCUCGAAGCUCAAAAUUGAAACUCGCUGACUGGUGAUCGAACUGAACGCGCAAAGUGACAGUGAAAUUCGCAUAAAUAAUAUAUAAGCAAUGCAUUCCCGCAAAUGAGGUUACCGUGUAUAUUUAUGCCACUUAUUCCACAGUAUUGUUUCGCGUCGAGAAGAAAUUUGAAACGCAGUUCAUCGAAACGCACUCGCGAUGACCGACUCCGAGAAACCCUACGCCUGCUCCACAUCAGGUUGCACCAUGAGUUUUACGAAUGAGGACCAAUUGAGCGUACACAAGAAGAAGCACGAUAUGAUGCUGAAUCUGGGCAACAACUCGAAGAACGCUGGCUUUGUUGCGGACCAAACACCAACGCCUACGAGAUUCAUCAGGAACUGCGAGGAGGUCGGUUUGUUCCAAGACCUGCAGGUGAAUCCAUUCGACGAGACAUUCCGCAGAGCGGUCGAGCAGGGAAAUACCGGCACGCUCACAGUACCCGAGGCUGGAAUCACAGAUGACACGUUGCACACACCGCAUAUCUUUCCUUACAUAACAGGUGUGUUGCCCGCGAGCAGUCAGAUCCUCAGCGAGGACAAUGUGGAGGAGUGCUCACCGACCGUGUCUCUCGCCGAGAAGAGCACGGACGAGGCGACCGGCGUCAUAGAGCCCGAGGUGUGCGGCACUAUGAAGCUGAGCGCGAGCGAAACACCGGAAUUGAUGAAGGGCGACGCCACGACGCCCGGAAAGAACGACGCUCUCUCGCCAGGCAUCAUCGUUGCGAACGCGCCUAUCGCGCCCAGACUAUUGCCGACGACACCCACGCCACAUCUGUCCAUCAACGGCGAGGAGGUGCAGCUGCUGUUGAAAACUGCGGACGGCAAGCUGAUGCAGCUGUCGGCGACACCUGUGUCCGAGGUCGCAAAUGUAUCCAACAUCGGUAGCAAACAGCAGCAGACCGUUGUCAUCAGAACCGAGCCGGCUCUGCGAUGCGCCGCGAGAUCGGAGCCCAAGAAAUCCGUGAUCUCCAGACUAUCCCUGGCGAAAAUGAAGCUGAAGCAAGCUUUAUCUAAAAACGCGGCUCCGCAGACUCCGAGGGCGAUCGAGACGAAGGCCACCGACGCAACGGCCUCCGUCGUCGGCGCGAAGAAGGACAACGCGAAGAAGACGAUGGACCAGCUGAAGAAGAAAGACAUCCUCGAGCGCAACCGGGCGAGCUCGAUGCGCGCGAGGGCGAAGAGGAAAGCGUGGAUCCAGCAGCUGGAGAGGAAUGUCACCAACGUGAACGAGGCGAACGCGGCCUUGCAGAUGGAGGUGAAGGCGUUGCGCGCCGAAGUGGCGAAGCUGAAGACCCUCUUGCUGGCGCACAAGGAUUGCCCCGUCACGAAGGCGAUGCAGAAAGGAAACGGGAUAGUUCUCGGACCUAAAAUAAUAUCGGUGAAUCCGGAGGUACUGACGGUGCCGAUCGCGGCGGCCAACGGCGUGACGGUGAAGCGCUCCUCCUACACGUGUACGGACGGUCUGCCGAAGAAACCCUCUCUGUCGCUCACGAAGAACCCGGUGAUCUUCCCGAAGGUGGACUGCGCCGGCGCAAAUCUCGCGAUCCCGAACGCGACGAUCAUAAAAGGUUUGCCGACGCUGAAGAUCGUCGGGGUCAAUCAAUUCCUGCAGGAGAAGGAGGAGACGAAGCAGAUACUGAUCGUGCAGAACCAGCCGCAGAAGCUCGGCGAGACCGCCGCCCGGCAGAUCAUCCAGAUCAACCCGAAUUACGAGGUCGAACACGCGGCAUCCAAGAGCACGGGAACGUAACCGAUCGUUCUCCGAGGAACGUUCGCGCGUCCCUAAUUAACGAAGUUCGUGCUAUUCAGCAAGAUCCGCGACAAGUCGAGCAGACGGCGAUUAAACACGAGUCACGUGUCUUCGCGGCUGGCGAGUCCACGCGACGCUCUCUCGUCGAGAGUCUCGUGACGAGUCUCUCCGACUCUCGCGUUCCCACACGUUUCCAAAAUAAAUCAGGCGGGCAAUUUUUAUCAUGACGUGAGUCAUCGUGUGAUACUUACCUGAUGCGGGGGUAGAGGAAGGUGAAGUGAUUUAAGGAGGAGUGUUACCGAUUCUUUUUGUACCAUUUAUUAUGCGCAAUAAAAACAGGCGUAAGCUUCUUAUCGAAUUC